CGCUCCGCCCCGUCCAGGACCAGCAGAUUCCAUGUACCACUCGCUCCUCUGACACAGGACUGCUCAGCCGCCUCUCCGGGACGAACAAUGGGUUGGCAGGAUCAAGGAUGGCUCGUGUGUGCGAGUUUUCUCGGAUUCGUGGCCGCCGUGCAGAGCAUUAAACGGGACGACUUCUUCCCGUACGGCCCCAGCGCGAGAGACCAGCUGCUGGACCCGGGGACGGACCAGACGCACCGACUGGAGCUGAGCAAGCCAGUGCUGUUUUAUGAUGGCACUUUCGACAGCAUCUAUGUCAACACCAAUGGCUUUGUGGCCACAACAGAGCCAGCGGGCGAGUCGACAUAUCAUGGCAAAAUGCCUGCCAAAUUUGGCAUGAUUGCAGCUCUGCAGGGGGACCUGGACACGAGCGAUGGUGUGGGGAAAGUCUUCUUUCGACAGGACUCCAGCCCUGCAGUUCUGCGUCGAGCAGCCGACCACAUCAACAGGGCCUUCCCCGAAGAUGACGAAGUCGACCCCACCCACGCCGUGGUCGUUACCUGGGUUGACGUCGCCGCCCAUGAACCUGAAGCCACAGGUGUCGGCAUCAACAAAAAGAGAAACACCUUCCAGCUGGUUAUUGCAUCCCUGGAGACAGAAUCAUAUGCGAUAGUGCUCUACGCCAGAGACGGGAUACAGUUUACUUCCACACCUGUCAAAAGCAGUAAGGUGAUCCUGCAUGCUGGCUUCAGCAAGGGUCUGGUGCGAGGGUUCGUUUUUUCCAGUCAAGGACCGUACUACCGCACGACCAGUGAUGACGAACCAUCGGUACAGGCUUUAGCAGAGGAGACUAACUCGGGUCUCCGGGGUGUGUGGGUGUAUGGGAUCGGAACUUCCCCGUAUUUUUCCAACGUGGCACCAGGUGAGGUCACCGACCUUCCUGCUGAAACCAGUCAACCACAGGACACAGACGCAAGGCGGCUUGUGCACACCAACGGACAAGUGGAACACACUGCCUUUGAGGUGGAUGCUGGACAGAUCGAAGUCCAACCCGUUCAGUACCAGCCCAAUAAUCCAGAGGUGGUGGUCGUCGAUGACACAGAUAUCAAUGUAGAUGUGUUUUCAUACAACCUUGGCACAUGUGCCACCAACAGAAAUAAGUGCUCGCAGUUCGCUGACUGCAGGGAUUACUCUGCUGGAUACUGCUGUCACUGCAGGCCUGGCUUCUACGGCAAUGGGAUACAGUGUGUGGCCGAGGGAAAGCCACAGAGGAUGAACGGUAAAGUGUAUGGAAAGGUGUUUGUGGGUAACAGUCCGUCUCCAGUGGAGUUCACCAGCAAUGAUCUCCACUCGUAUGUGGUGGUAAAUGACGGCCGGUCCUACAUCGCGAUCAGUGACAUCCCCUACACGCUCGGCCCCUCGCUGCAGCCGCUGUCGGCCCUCGGCGGCGUCAUUGGGUGGGCUUUUGCGCUGGAGCAGCCUGGCUUUAAGAACGGCUUCAGCAUCAUUGGGGGGGAGUUCACACGGCAAGCCGAGGUGACCUUUCUGCCGGGGAAUGAGAAGCUGACCAUCCGGCAGGAGUUCAAAGGCAUUGAUGAGCACGACCACCUGGCGGUCAGCACCACCAUGGAAGGCCGGGUCCCCGAAGUGUCUCCCGGCUCCACCGUGCAAAUAGAUCCUUACUCUGAGAUCUACCAGUACAGCAACAACCUGAUUACCUCGUCCUCCACUCGAGAAUACAUCGUGAACUCCCCCGACGGAUCCACGGAGACCAGGACAUACCAGUGGCGUCAGACCAUCACCUUCCAGAGCUGCCAGCACAGCGAGGCUUUGAGAGACAUGAAGCCCACCCAGAUGCUCCGCGUGGACCAGGUCUUCGUCAUGUAUGACGCCAAUAAUGAACUCAUCCGGUUCGCCAUGACCAACAAGAUCGGAGAUAUUAAUGGAGGUCAACCAGAGGAGAACCCAUGUUUCACCGGGAGACACGGCUGUGACACCAAUGCCGUUUGCAGACCUGGACAGGGAAACCAGUUCACUUGCCAGUGUGCCGCUGGCUUCAAUGGUGACGGCCGCUCGUGUUAUGACAUUGAUGAGUGCGCAGAGAAUCCUCAGAUCUGUGGGCCCCAUGCUAUCUGCAACAACCAGCCCGGGACCUUCCGCUGUGAAUGUGAAGACGGUUAUCAGUUCGGCAACGAUGGGCAAACCUGCGUCGCGGCUGAUCGGGCCGUGGAUGCCUGUGAGGAAGGCACACACAGCUGUGACAUUGCUGAGCGCGCUCAGUGCAGCUACACCGGCGGCUCGUCCUACAUCUGCUCCUGCCGAGCGGGAUAUAUCGGAGACGGAAGAAACUGCCAAGACGUCGACGAGUGCCAGCCAGGCAGGUGUCAUCAGAACGCCAUUUGUUUCAACACCCAGGGGUCAUUUACCUGCCAGUGCAGGCCGGGUUACAGCGGCGAUGGCUUCCAGUGCUCCUCAGAAAGGACAAAAACCCAAUGUGAGACCCACAGAGAGGGUGCUCUGGGCGUGGCGGGCCCCCGAGGCCCCCGGCCUCCAGUCGGCCAGUACGUCCCUUCGUGUAAUGAGAACGGUGAAUAUGAACCCAUGCAGUGUCACGGCAGCACAGGACACUGCUGGUGUGUGGACCGAAAUGGACAGGAAAUCCCUGGGACACGCUCUGGACCUGGCAACAGGCCAAUGUGCAUUGACCACAGUGGUGUUUCACCACCUGUUGGGCCCCGCCCUCGACCGGAUGUUGACUUCCUCCCCCCAGGAACGCACCUGUUGUUUGCCCAGAGCGGCAGGAUCGAGCAUGUCCCGCUAGAAGGCCACGACAUGAAAAAGGCUGGUGCCAGGACUGUCCUUCACCUGCCUGAGAAGGUAAUCAUCGGAGUGGCCUAUGACUGUGUGGAGAAGAUGAUAUACUGGACAGAAAUCACCUCGCCCUCGAUCAGCAAAGCCAGCACGCAGGGCGGAGAGCCCACUGCUGUCAUCGAUUCAGAUUUGAAUAGCCCAGAGGGUAUUGCCAUCGACCACCUGGGACGAACUAUGUUUUGGACAGACUCUGUGAAGGAUAACAUCGAGGUGGCGUCUCUGGACGGGUCCCAGCGGCGCGUUAUCAUAGACUCUGAUCUUGUCAAUCCCCGAGCUAUCAUCACUGACCCUCCCAAUGGCAAUCUGUACUGGGCUGACUGGAACCGCGAUGCACCCAAGAUCGAGACCUCUCACAUGGAUGGAUCCAACCGAAGGGUGCUGGUUAAAGACGAUCUGGGCCUGCCAAAUGGACUGACUUAUGACUCUCAGAGCUCUCUGCUCUGUUGGGCAGAUGCAGGCACACAUAAAGUGGAGUGCAUGAGUCCCAGCCGAGGUGAUCGCAGUAAAGUUGUGGAGGGGAUCCAGUACCCCUUUGGAAUGACGUCUUUAGGGAAGAACAUCUACUACACAGACUGGCGAAGAGACGCCGUGGUCGCAGUGGACCGUUAUUCAGGCAAGGAGUCAGACGAGUUCCAGCCUCAGAAACGGACCAAGCUGUACGGGAUCGCCACAGCCUACGCCGUGUGUCCUUCAGGACAAAACUACUGUGCUGUGAACAACGGGGGUUGCACUCACCUCUGUUUAGCAACGCCGACGGGCCGCUCCUGCAAGUGUCCCAACAACGCGGCCGCAGUGGGCUGCGUGGAGAGAAACGGCGGGUACUGAGACCAGCCCGGCAAGCUCAAAACUGUUUGGAUGUCUGACCGCAAAUUAGGAGCCACUCAGCAAUACUAAAUUCUAACUGCUGAAAAUGCCACUGAAAGUCAGAGGUGAAUUUACUGUGCCUUUUAUUGCUCAGUGUUACACUUAUCAGUAUAUAUUUUUUUACAUGUCCCUUUUUUUAAAAAUCACAACUGCCUAUCGAAAAUUGUAAAUAUACACAACCACUUUUUUUUUUUUUUUUUGAGUGCACAUAAACUGAGAGUAAAGCUCAAGGGAUACAUAAUUUAAUGUGAAAUUCCUCACA